AUGGAUAAAGAGAAAGAUGAAACAAUACCUACGCCAUCUACGCCUUCUACAUCGAUUUUACCAACUCAGGAAUAUUAUGGUUCAGGAAACCCGUACUACCUAUCAUUUAUGUUGCCUCAAAAUACAUAUCCAAAUCCAUAUACAUGCACUUGGGGUAGUCAGCUUUCAUCGAUGCCAUUUUUUGGACCAAUGAUGCCCUACCCUCCAUCGAGUAAUCCGGAGGAGUCCACACGAGUUCAACAUGCCUAUCAGCAUCCAUCGAUGCCACCAUUGAGUAAUUCGGAGGAGUCUACAAGAUCUAAAAAGACUCUCCAACUAGCAAGUGAAUCAUCAACCGUGCCAUUGUCAUUGGGUGUUAAAAGUGAAAAGAAUUUUGGAGAAACUUCGUCCGACGUAAAUAAAGUGGCAGAGGUCGAGGAAACUAAUGAAAUAUCUGAUGAUGAUGAACGAAUUGAGGAUCCAAAACCUGGUAUGGAGUUCGCCACUGCUAAAGAGCUUCUUGCAUAUUAUAAGCGAUAUGCCAAGCAACAAGGUUUUGGUGUUAUCACACAGAGGACGAAAAGAGAUGCGUCUGGGAAACCGAAGUAUGUGACAAUUGGGUGUGCACGUGGAGGCAAGUACCAUCCGAGUCACAGUAAUAUUUCGAAGCCGCGACCAACAAUUAAAACAGACUGUAAGGCAAAGUUAAACGCUCACUUGGAUAAAAAGGGUGUAUGGGUUUUGACCACUGCUGAGAAUACUCACAAUCAUGGUACUGUGAGCCCACAAAAGUCUAGAUUUUUUAGAAGUCACAAGUGUUUGGAUGAAUACAGUAAAAGAAUGCUCGAUCUAAAUGACAGGGCAGGUAUUCGAAUGAACAAAAAUUUUGGAGCACUUGUUGUUGAUGCGGGCGGGUUCGAGAAUCUUGAAUUUCAAGAGAAAGAUUGUCGGAAUUAUAUUGACAAAGCCAGACACUUGAGGCUGGGUAAAGUAGGUGGCGAAGCACUUAGUGAUUACUUUAAGAGGAUGAGGAAGAUGAAUGAUGAAUUUAUUUCUGUGAUUGAUGUGGAUGAUGAGUUGCGACUCAGAAAUGUGUUCUGGGUUGAUGCACGUAGUCGACCCGCUUACGAGUGUUUCGGAGAUGUGAUCACCUUCGAUACGACGUAUCUAACAAAUAGAUACGGUAUGCCUUUUGUUCCUUUUGUUGGGGUAAACCAUCAUGGGCAGUCCAUACUGUUAGGGGCUGGAUUGAUUUCAAGUGAGGAUACAAGUACUUUUGUGUGGUUGUUCCGAGCAUGGUUGGAAUGCAUGAAUGGUCAGGCUCCAAAAGCAAUCAUAACAGACCAAGAUCGGGCAAUGAAGAGUGCCAUUGCGAUGGGGGAACUUAUUCAGAAAUAUGACCUUGGUGAUAACACGUGGCUGGAGGGGUUGUAUACUGAGAGAUCAUUUUGGGUUCCAGUUUACUUGAAUGAUGUAUUUUGGGCUGGCAUGAGCACUACACAACGGUCUGAAAGCAUGAAUGCAUUUUUCGACGGAUAUGUUCAUUCUGGUACAACGUUAAAGGAAUUUGUGGAUCAAUUUGACAAUGCUCUAAGGAAGAAGGUGGAAGUAGAGACGACAGCUGAUUUCAAUUCAUGCAACCAAACCAUCCCAUGUGUGACUCCAUUCCACUUUGAGAAGCAGUUCCAAGCGGUGUAUACAAAUGCAAAGUUUAAAGAAAUCCAAGGGGAGGUGUGGGGGAUGAUUUGUUGUAAUUGCAUACAUGUUAGCAAACAGGGUUGUAUUUCCACUUUUGAUGUGUUGGAUGAAAUUUCCACGGGUGACCAUGUUAAGACCGUCCAUUACAUAGUUUACUAUAACGAUGAGGAAUGUGAUAUGAAAUGCACGUGUGCACUGUUUCAGAUGAGAGGCAUUAUUUGUAGGCAUGUGUUUAAAGUUUGUCAAAUGAAAAAGAUUCAUGUGUUGCCAGAGAAGUACAUCUUGGAUUGGUGGAGGAAAGACUUAAAGAGAAGAUAUACACUUGUCAAAAGUAGCUACGAUGAUUUGCGAGAUAAUGCGGAUGCUCGAAGGUAUGAACUUGUGGUUAAAAGAUGUAUGAAAUUAGCGACGCGUGUAUCUCCAAGUGACAACCAUGUCAAUGCAUUCAUGAGGAUAUUGGAUGAGUUUGAGCAUAAUUUUAAAGGAUUACCACUUGAGUCUGGUUCAACCAAGGUCAAUGAGAGCGACGUCGUGGAUAAGGGUAAGAAAAUAUUAAGCCCUAACGUUGUUCGAGGGAAAGGAAGACCUCCAACGAAGAGAAAGGUUCCACCUGUAGAGAAGGUUGCAAUCAAGAGAAAGAAGAAACAGACUUGCAGGAAAAUAUUUGAUGACGAACAAGUUGGAGUUGGUGAGGUCCCAGCCCCCCAAGUUGGUACUAACGUUGAAGAUGUUGUUGUUGGAACCCAAUAUAGUACUGUCACACAACAAGCACCAUCGAGCAAUGAUGAGAAUUUGUGA